AUGACGUUUAAUGCAACAGCAGCGUCAACUUCUAUAUUCAUAGGAUUUUUGGAAAUAUUAACACAGGAACAUGAAUACGGUUAUAAAUUAAUGGAAUUGGCCAAUUGGUCAAGAGAAGAACGUUAUUAUCAUACCAUCAUUUAUAUGAGUCAUAGUGUUGAACGGGACCAAGAUGGUUAUGAUAAGGAUAUAAUGCUAAAAUAUUUAAUGAGUGAAAGUGUUAUACCAGUUAUUAAUUUAGAAGAAAGUUCAGCAUAUAAUUUAUGGAAUAUAUACAAUCACCGUUAUCUGGCUAUAGUACAAUUGAAUGGAAUUAGAAAGCAGGAUCAAGAAAUUUUAAAGACAUUGUGGAAAACUUUAAAACGAAAUUUAUUAACCAGAUUGAUAUUAAUGGUGAGCGGGUCUGAAGGUGAGGAAUAUAUAACCAAUAUAAUGAAAUAUUGCCUUAAAAAUAAGGCCAUUAAUGUGGUGAUGAUUAAUAGAAACUUAAUGUUGGAUGUCGUAUAUAGAAUGCAAGCUUUUCCCAAGUUCAAAGCUGAGUUAGUAAAUAUACAAGAAAAUCAUACUACACUUUUCAUUGAUCAAGUCAAAAAUAUGCAUGGCUAUCCUAUGAGUUUGGUUUUGAAUAAUAUCAGCACUGCGAGUUAUGUAUUGAGAGAGUUAAAUGGAAAAAUUAUACUGGGAGGCAUUGGAGGACAUUUCUUUAGAGCUUUCGCCCGCAAACAUAACUUAACUCAGAUAUUUCCGAAUUUUAAUCAAUCACACAAGGAAAUGUUAAUUAGUGAAAUGAAUGCUUUAGUGGAAAAUGGCACAUAUGAUGCCUCAACUGAACUGGUGGUUACUAAUUAUUCCAGUUCUUUAGUUUUUACUAAUACCUACGAUUAUUUUGAUUGGUGUCUGAUGGUGCCACUGGAGAGUUCUGUGCCAGCUUAUAGUUUUUAUGUAAUGGUUUUCGAUACGGUCAGCAUGGUUUUGAUUUUAGUGGCUUUCAUAUUAUUUUCCCUAGUCUUGGCUGUUACUUAUAUAGUGAAAAAGGAACAUAUUAUUUUACAUGAACUACUCUUCAAUAUCUAUGUACUCAAUGGUCUUUUGGGUCAACCUUUCAAAGCGGAGCGUUAUUUUUCGGGUGUGCGCAGUUUACUUUUUAUGCUGAUUUGCUUAUCCGGUUUGGUGUUCAAUACCACAUAUGUCACCCACUUGCAAACCUUCAAUGCCAGUCCUCCCAUGAAACAUGUCAUAAGAACAAAUGAAGAUGUCAUUGCUUCGGGCUUGCAUAUUGCUAUGGUCGAAGAAGACUAUGCCGAUCUGCUGAAAGCCUUUAAUGUACCCAAUUAUUUUAAGUCAAGUGUAAUAACUAUUCCCUCAUUUGCCGAAUUUUAUAGUCUGCGUAAUAACUUUGAUAGUCGUUAUAUAUAUCCGGUACCAUCGGAUCAAUGGACCCCCUCUAUGAAGCUCAACAGAGAUUCUUUUCUAAAUUUAAAUAUCGUUUAA